AUGGACACCGAGGACGAGCCUGUCAAUGAUGAGUUGGCGGAAGAGGGCGUCGCCAGCCAUGUUGACCCGAAAAAGACGGCCGGUGGCCCAUCAGUGUCCCACAAAGACAGCAACUCAGCACCCCGGUUCCCGAUCCCCAAGAGAACCAUGGGCGCUGUCGAAAUUCCCAUGAUUGUCAUGAACCUAGAUCGGACAGAAAAGGCGUUUGGUAACAUCUCGUCUUUCCAGAAUAUCCUUGACAGUGAGCGCAACACAAUUCCAUUCUAUCUCAACCCAGAGAGCCCUUUCCGCAGACCCAUCAUGUCUCACAGUGCUACGAGCCACAAUGUGGUUUUGAAGGUCACGGUCCCGAAGCGGACCGGCAGGAAAAGGAAGAGGGGGACGGACGGGCCGUGGGAAGGUGAAGUCGAGAUGCGAGAUGUGCCCAGGGCCAGCCCGACAGCGGAGGCGAUUUAUUCCAGGUCAAGGCUGGACAACCCAAAGCUCCUGCGACGGAAAAUGCAAGACAACGUCGAAAGUUACCAUGUAGAAGCCGUCGGCGUCAUCAAACACACCCACCGCUUCCGAGGUAUGGCGGAUUUCCAUUGGGGUCUCGAGCAGUCCCCUUUCAUUUCGAGGUUCAUGAACCAGGUCAUGCCUGGCGACAUCACCCAGAUGAGAAACUUCAAGUUCAUCGACGGUGUGGACAAGGGGCCAAACGUCGACAUCAUACCGCCGCCGGUAUGGACGCCUAUGACGCUUCCCUUCAUUUACAACUAUUCCCAAAACCCCUACGUCCGCACAGAGCUCGACCAGGCAGGCCAGACCCAGCUCAUCAACACCCAGCUGCCCACCCUCAUCGGCUACUUUCUUAAAGCAGACCAGUACCCCAUCCCGGCUGGCCCGCAGACCCCUUAUGACGGGUCCGACGAGGAGGUCACCCACUGCAUAGCCCGCAUGCAGGAGGCGAUGAACGAGCGGCCCAUCUGGACGCGCCGAUCUCUGAUGAACAAGCUCGGGUCUAUCGUCCGUAACGCCAACGUUAUGAAGCGUUGCGUCGGCUAUGUCGGCUACCAAUUCCGCGGCGGGCCCUGGCGCGAUGCAAUCAUCAAGUACGGCAUCGACCCGCGCAACGACCCGGCCUUCCGGACCUACCAGACGAUGAUAUUCAACAUGCGCAAGCUCCAGGCUGGUCACAUUGGCGAGACAUGGCACGCUAUCCGCAGCCUGCGCACCGAACAGCGCCAGCCCCAGGGCGACAACCACGAGUCCCACGUCUUUGACGGCAAGUCCUACUGGACCGACGGCAAGGUCUGGCAGAUUUGCGACAUUACAGAUCCCCUGAUUGCAAACAUCUUCGCUACCGCGCCGCAGCGUCCCGAGGUCGACAUCUACAACAGCGGCUGGUACCAUCAGGGCACUUGGGCCAAGGUGAAGGGCAUCAUGAAGACCAAAAUGAUUGCGAUUCAGUUUGGGCGCAAGCUCAAGGACGAGGACUUUGCAGGCAUCUAUGAAGUGCGCGACACGACGCCGCCUCCGGGAGCCUCGAGCGUCCACGUGCCGCUCCCCGACCUGGAGCUCACCGAUGCCGAGAAGCGCGUGCUGUACGGCCGACGGUUCAAGGAGCCAAAGAAGAAACGCAAGGGCACCGCCUACCGCGUCACAAAGUCGAACGGGCCGCGGGGCGUCGCAGCCGCGGCGGCGGCGGGCCGCGCUGCCGGGAAAGAGGACGAGCUCAUGUCUGGUGCGGAGGACAGCCUUGAUGAGGAUGACAGCGAGGGAGACGACGAUGAUGAUGACGAUGGCGAGUACGGUCCCGAGGAGCGCGUCUACGCACCCGUACCUGGGCUUGAUGAGGGUAUGGAGCGAGAGGAGGAGGAGGAGGGGCUCGAGGAGGAGUACGGUGAUGAGGACGAAGACGGAGAGGGCUACGGUUACGAUGACGACGGCGAAGGCUACGAUGAGACGCUCGUCUACGGCGAUACCGGCGAGCGGCGUGAUGUUGAGUUUGCAGAUGAACAGCCCGGCGAGACGGAUGUGGAUGCGGCGUACCCCUCGGCAGUCCUGCCUUGA